ACCUAGGGACCCUUUCCUACAUAAGGCCCACGUCCUCACCCCACCACGUCAGUAGAGAACCAGCCGUUGAAGUGCCACGAUCUAACACCUCUCUCUCUCUCUCUCUCUCUCUCUUUGCCGCCGUUUGCAUUCUGUUCUGCCCGCGAAGUUUACCUUCUUGCCAAUAGAGUUAACACAGUUGCUUCUUAUCAUCGCUGUGGACUAUGUGCCGCGAGUCUGUGUGCGGAAAAAGUGCUGACCGUGGAUGUACGAGACGAAUCCUGCUGCUCAAGGACACGCAACGAUGCUGAAGUGGACGGUUUCGAGAUCAUUGUCAGCGAGCAGCUCGACGCCUCACGGUCCGCCUAACUUGAACAAGGCGCCCCGCAGGCCCUUUCGGGAUCUAUCUAACACCCCUCCCGCUGCUGGGACGAGGACGAGGACGGUGCCCAGCCAGAAUGACGAGAACGCGGUAGUGGCUUCGGCGAGGACGACGCCUGUUCGCCGGAGAAGAUGCAGAAGUCACGGCAGCGACCUGAGAACGUACUUUCAGGCGACGAAGCCUAAUUUAAGGGGGAACAAACGUCAAUCGAUGUCACAGCAGCCGAAAAAGUCAUCGGUCUCGGAGAGUUUCUAUCAGAGCACGCCGCGGGUCGACGCCGAUAUCGGCCCGUUGACGUUCUUCCCCUCGGGCAGCAAGUGCUCGCCGACAGCGCUGACCCUGCCGACGGAUCCCGCGCUCUUCAUGAAGAAGGCCAGGACAAAGAGCUCGUUCCCGAGCGACAACGAGCCGAUGCCGCAGAACAUCGUGAACGAGGCCAGGGCGAAUCUACAGUCGCACGUGUCCGACUUCUUUCAGCAAAUCUCCAUGGCCACCAGCCCGGAGGACGUGAUGGAGGCUGACUGCGUGCCGUUCUCCAAGAACAGGGUCUACUUCCAGAACCAGGGGAGAACGACGUCCAAGCUCGCGGACUGCUCGAGGAUGUCGUAUUUGCCGAAGCUGGCGAGAAUCGCGAAGAUUCACGCACGGAACAAGACACCGUACCACGGUGGCAAGGCGUCCUCGGCCACUACCGGCUCGUUUAAGGCCAAGUCUCACAAUCAAACGCCACUCGCUGGGAAACUGUCGAGUCUGGCUAUUGACCAAGAUUUACCCAAGUUCGAGAACAUGGACAACACGGUCACGGAGGUUCUCAACAGGGAGCAGGAAAUAAAUUUUACCGGAAAGACGGUGGCGGAGAUACUUUUGGGAGACGUCGAGGAGAGGAAGAAGGUUCUCGAGAGCAGCCGAGGCGAGGAGAGCCCCGCCAAGUCCGAUCACACGUAUGAGACGAUAAUGGACGAGGGGACCGCGUUGCACAAUGACAGUUCCGUCUCCUCGGCUAGUCAACUGUUGGAGGAUCCGUCACCGAUGUCCUGGGCGUUCGCCUCGCCCACCAACGACCUCGACGAUGGGGAAUUCACUCUGAAGAGGCAGCGGGGAAUACGAAGGAAACGUCACCGGAAGGACAACGAGAAAACGUUCAACGGGAAGCGAGCAAAGAGACGAUCGUCCAGUCGCAGCCCGUCCGCUGAUGCGAAACCGAACGAGGCGGCGGAAGACGAUGCUCUGGUUGAGGCAGUGAAUCCAAACGUGAAGAAACUCGCUUUGGAGACCGACUUGGACGCUACGUUGGACCACGAGAAGUGCGUGUUCGAGCCGAAGGCUCUGUUCAGCGAGCUCGACGAACGCAAAGACGAGGAUGAAGAAGAGGAGGAGGAAGAGGUGGAGGUGGAGAGGAAAGCGAACACCUGGGACCUGGACAGUCCGAAGUCGACUCUCACCGACGAUUUCCACAGCUCCAAGUCGCUUCUGACCUCGGUGUCCAACACCCCGGAGACACCGUUGGUCGCGACUGUGAGGAGGUGUCUCAAGUUCAGCCCGGAGAGCGAGCCGCCGCGACAGAAUAGCCACGGAUCGAUCGAGAUCGAGUAUUCCGUCGUGGGCGAUCAGAUACACGUGCGAGUGAUACGGUGCAAGGACCUGAGGAGGGCGUACGAAGGUCCCGUUCACGCUUACGUGAAGGCGAGCUUGAAGAACGCGAACGGCGAGGGGGUGGUGAAGAGGACAGCGGUGCACAGGGCCACGCCGAAUCCCGUUUUCCACGAGACCUUGGUACUGCCCUGCCCGGUGAACAACAACCACUACACCAGCAACACCACGUCCCUGGACAUCGCGGUCUGGCACAGAGAUCGUCGUGCAAGACGUAGCGAGUUGUUGGGCUGUAUGACUCUGCCUCUGCCUCUGUCGCAAGAUAAGGAAGCGACAUGGCAUCCGCUAGAAGCAGGAACCGGUCGGAACACGAGCAACCCGUACGCCGGCCUGCCGCAAGACUGUGGAGUCUCGCCACCCCUGUCGAAGGACGGAGAGCCAGAUAAUAAUAAUUCAGGAGCGGAAGACCUGACGUAUUUGAGGCAUCUCGAAUUAGAGCCUAUCGAUCCUCUGACCGGCCUGCCUCUGCAUCCGGGUUUCACAGCCAGGGGUGGCAGAACACCAUGCACCGUCACGAGGAGACUGACAAGGCAGACUGCAGCUAAUCAGAUUCCAUGGGGAUUCUCGCUGUCGUGGGGAAGGCCACCCCGCGUGGAACGCGUGGACCCAGGCAGCCCGGCGGAACGAUCCGGCUUGAGGCCAGGUGAUCACGUGGUCUUCGUCGACAUGACGAACGUGGUGACGCGGUCGCGGGAGGAGAUCCUCGGACUGAUCCAGGCGGCCACGAACCAACUAAUCCUGGAGGUUUACCGCAAGGGGAACGUUCACUCGUCGAUGCACCGGCCUAACUCGAUGAACGUUAGCCUGCAGCAGUCGAUCGGCGUCGGGCACCACGCGGUUGCGUUCAACGCCGAGGUGUUUCCGAACCUCGCCCCGGACGCGCCGCCGGAAGAGGAGCUGUCCGUGCGCGAGACGCGGUACUGGGGCAUCCUGAAAAGCGGUCACACGCGUUUCCUGGCGCCUCUGGCCGAGAGACGCGACGUCCUCUCCGCGGCUGACUAUCUGAUCCUCUUCCAAAAUCUCGACGAGCUGCUCAAGAUCUCCGAGGAGAUCCGCGACGAGGGCGGCGGGGUCGAGAGUUACCUGUGCAGAGUGCCGAGAAUCACCGCUGCCUACAGAAGAUACCUGAGCGGGCUGCAACGCGCGUGUUGCCUGCUGGUCGCGCUCAGGCGAAACACGGCGUUCGCGAAGCUCGUCUGCGAGCCCGCUGUGCCGCACAAGAGGCGACCCGAUCUGACGGGUGUCUUGCUCUUACCUCUGGAGCACUAUAGAGAGAUGACGAGACUGUUGUGCCUGGCGUCGCCGAGGAACUGCCAGCAAGCCAGAGACCUAGCUCAGGGAUACCGGGAAGCGACCGCGAACGCCGGCGUGAUGGAACCACCGCGCGACACCGGCAAGCCUCUACUCAGCCUUCAGGAAGUUGAGUCCCGUCUGGUUUUCGCCAGAUGUAAACCGUUCACGCUCGCCAUGCCCGGCAGACAAUGGUUAUUCGGAGGCGCGCUGGCAAAGGUGGAGGGCCGAGCGCGGCUGCAACCCUCGUGGGCGUUGCUUCUCACCGAUUUGCUCGUGUUCGCUCGAGUUUCCCGAGACCGCGUCCUGUUCGUAACCGAGGAGCCUCUGCGGCUGUCGAACAUUGCCGAGGCCUGUUUCACCGUUCGUAAACGACCCACGGAGUUCCGACUGCAAAUCGCCAUCAACCCUUCCGGCAACUCGGAGAACGGCCACGUUGAGGUGACGAACAGCGGUGGUUGCAGCCCUCACAGUCGUCCGCGGAGGCGCGUUUUGGUUCUGCGUGCACCAACACCGGAACUGAAGGCCGUCUGGCACAAUCUCCUUCAGCGACAAAUAAUCUAUGUAAAUACAGGCUAUGGUGGAACACCGAGUCAGGACAGUCCUGAAGAAAGUCCCAUCACCGGUAGCAAUUUCACCACCGCCGCGAUUAGAGAAUCGACGGAAAGUUCGCAAACCACCAGGGAGUCGCAGAAACAGGACGAGGAGAAGGGAUCGCGCUCCGUCGAGAGUAUCGACAGUAUCGUUAAAAGUUCGACGGGAGACAAUCAUCUGGCGCAGUGGGUGCGCAAUUCUCACCAGAUCCCGCCACCGGAUCACGAGGAGGUGCCUAUCGAGGAGUGGACGGCCGAGGAUCUGGCGGCACGAGUGCCGCGAGAAACCGGCAACGAGGCGAACCGUGAACGACACGCGAUAACGGACGACGUUGCGACGGAGAUGAUCAGUUCGGACGUGGAACAGCAGAGCACAGCGUCGAGCGCGAGCCUCAGCACCGUGAAAUCCAACAGCGUGAACGCGAAGAAGAACGGCAGCCUCGCGUCUUCCAAGGAGAACUCCACCAGUUCCAUCAACAUUUGCAGAAGGUGUCACAGGUCAGGUUGCCCGACACCGCCUCUGACGAGAGAUCCGUUUUCUCCGUUACCUCCAAAGAUCUCGGUAGUGCCACCAACGCCAGACUUGUGCACCAGGCAUCGACUCAGAAACGGGUUGCACGACAGUCCUGGAAGGAACAGUCCAGCUUACACUCCGGCCGAUGGCAACACGGAAGAUGGCAGCGAGGACGAUCUCGACUGCGACGGUGAACCACCGUACAGAGUUUUGAGAAGAUUCGGCACGGUGAGCAGCCUGGAUCAGGACGACGAGCUCGAGGAGCAGGGUGACGACGACAAUCGGGACACCGAGUCUCCGCCGACGGGUUUGAGAGCGUGGACCGCUCGGGCGAGCAGUUACAUGGUCAGCAAAAGGUCGGCGUUGUUGGAGCAGCUUGGCGAGGGCAUUGGUGGAUAUCUUCUUCAGUCGCCGGUCCCGCCCGAGAGAACGGAAUUCUCGUUGGAUCCGAACGACGAGGAGGGAACGACGUCCGGUGCUACCUCGGGCGACGACAUCUGGGGGACACCGACCUCCGGCGGCCCCGACGACGAGAGCUUCACCGCGAGCUCGCCGCCGCCCAUCGGCUCGGGCAACGUCGUCACGUUCGGCGAGGAUAACUACGGGCUGAACCUGUCGGCGGAGGACGAGGCCGACCAGGAGUCGGAGAACGACGAUUGCAACCUGUCGGAGCUGAACAUGGACCAGCUGCUCGGCAGCGGUAGCCUCAGCUCGUUGCGGUGUUUCCUGGGCAGGCAGAGGCUGGAGCCGCUGCCGGAAGAGGAGGACACGUCGGGGAGCGCGAAGGACCAGGUCGGGUGGUGGUGACAGCGGU